AUGUUCCCCCCUGAAUAUCCUUUCGCACCCCCGGCGAUUCGCAUGCACACCCCGAGCGGCCGGUUCCAGCCGUCUGCGCGAUUAUGCCUCAGCAUCAGUGAUUUCCACCCAAAGUCUUUCAAUCCGGCGUGGGAAGUGUCGACCAUCCUCAUCGGUCUCCUUUCCUUCAUGACCAGCGAGGAAAUGACAACCGGCAGUGUUGGCGCGUCGGAGGCGGAACGGAGAGUGUUGGCCGCGCGAUCGAGAUGGUGGAACUCCACUGGUGGAGGUUCUCACGUCUCUUCCACCCCCGGGGUGACACCAACCGCCAAGGGCAUCAAUAAUGUGAAAGCGGGAGAUGGUGGCGUCAAAUUCCGCACCGAAUGGCCCGAGCUAGACCAAGACAACUGGAAGUGGAUGCGAGAGAACCGGAUCGAUACCAAUACUGGCCAACUCAUUCCGGAUCCUAAUGCGGCAGCCCAAUGCUCCCCGGAGACCACAGCCUUUCGCAGACGCCCGAACGGCAGCGCCCCCAAAAUCGGGGCUGUAGUCGGAGGUGGCCAUGUCGCACGCGAAGCAGGCCAAGGGUGGAUGCAGCGCAACAAAGUCUGGAUCGGCGUCGCCGUUAUGUUCGGGUACGCUUUGCUCUCCAGACUACUACAUCUGAUAUCCAUCAUGGGUUGGUUCUGGGCAGAUUCGCAACCGGCUGCGAAACCGGCUGCCCCGAAUCCUUUGGCGUCAUCGGACAAAGCUCCUCCUCCCGGAUGUCCCAUGCAUAGCUCGACGCCACCUGCACCCGCGCCCCCCGCCGAUUCUGGAUCUUCCGGCGCAUGCCCCGUCCGAUCUCCCGACUCUCCCUUCUAUGUCCAACAGAACCCCAAGCCCGAAGGCACCCCUGCGCCUUCUGUGCCCGCGAACGAGAACAAGUCUGUGCUGUCCAAGCUGAACCCCCUCAACUACAUGUUCGCGUCGAUCUCCCAGGAACGCGCCCCCGGUCAAUCCGUCGACCUGUCGCUAGAACGAGAGCCUUCUUCGAUACCGAGGGGCGAUGCGGAUACAAACUGGGAGUAUCCCUCCCCUCAGCAGAUGUACAACGCUAUGCUGCGCAAGGGACACACCGAUACGCCGCAGGAUGCCGUCGAGGCGAUGGUUGCCGUUCACAACUUCUUGAACGAGGGCGCCUGGGACGAGAUUGUCCGGUGGGAGCGGCUAUUCGCAAAGGGCCUCGGGAAGGGAUGGGAGGUGUGUCGGCGCGGAGAGGAGAACAUUGCCCAUGAGGCGGCCAUUCAAGAGAUGACCGGCAAUACCGAUGAAGCUGGUACCCCGCGGCUCAUCCGCUUCCAGGGUCGUCCGAAGGAUUUGACUCCGAAGGCACAAAUACUCCAGGCGUUGGGCUGGGCGUAUCCGUCUAGAUUUGGCACCAACCCGCCAUUCGACCGACAUGAUUGGUUCGUGAUGCGACAGACCCCGGCCGGCCAGAAGCAGGUCCGUUACGUGAUUGAUUAUUACUCGGGACCUCCCGAGCCCACCGGCGAGCCAGUGUUUUACCUCGACAUUCGACCAGCUCUGGAUAGCCCCACGGCGGCAGUUGAGCGACUGAUGCGCUGGGGAGGGGACGUCUGGUGGCGCGCCAGCGGCGGUGCAGUCCGCGAAUAG